AUGGGGAGGUCUCCCUGCUGCGAGAAGCUUGGGCUCAACAGGGGGCCGUGGACGGCGGAGGAAGACAGUAUCCUCGUCGCCCACAUCGAGCGGCACGGCCACAGCAACUGGCGGGCGCUGCCGAAGCAGGCCAGGCUGCUGCGCUGCGGCAAGAGUUGCCGCCUCCGGUGGAUCAACUACCUCCGCCCGGACGUCAAGCGAGGCAACUUCACCAUCGAGGAGGAAGACGCCAUCAUCCAGCUCCACGCCAUGCUCGGCAACAGAUGGUCCAUGAUCGCGGCGAGGCUGCCCGGGAGGACGGACAACGAGAUCAAGAAUGUCUGGCACACGCACCUCAAGAAGCGACUCGAGUCCUCCGCUGCGCCCAAGCGCAAGGCCAAGAAACAUGCGGCUGUGACGACGUCCGUGAUUACACACGAUGGUCCGACCUCCGCGCCAGUACUGCCGGAGGAACACAUCUCGUCGUCCGCCACUGGCUACUCGAUGGCGAGCUCGUCGUUGGAGACCACUGAAAGCUUUAGCCCAGACUCGCACGAGUUUCAGAUCGACGACAGUUUCUGGUCGGAGACACUGGCAAUGACGGUGGACAGCAGCUCCGGUGCCGGGAUAGAAGCCCGGGACCCGUUCGGUGCAGACAAUGCUUCGCCGACGUCGAGCAAUGACGAGAUGGACUUCUGGGUUAGACUGUUCAUGCAGGCUAGUGACGUGCAGAGCUUGUCUCAGAUUUAG